AUGGCGGAAAUGGAUCUUGCUGAUGACGUCAACUUGGCUUCGCAGAACGAGAAGGAAAUGGAAAUGCAGCCGGCGGCGGACGAUGGCCUUGUAUUUGCCUCGAGUUCAGUUGAACUAGAGGUCGACAAUGAGGCCCUGUAUCUGGGAACAAACAAACCACAUGAUCCCACGCGGGAGGGAAAACAACGCCCCAAGGAACUCACCGCCACCACAGCACGGGCGAUAUCCAACACCUUUGGCGGUGCCAGAGUCAGCGGCGAUGUGACUUAUCUGCAACACGGUACCUACGACACCAAGCCGGCGACCUUGUUGGGGUUCAAUUUCAGGUUCAAGUUCGAGCCGGGCAGUGCAUCUCGAUUUACUCGGGCGGAAAUCUGGGUGACAUUUGAUUCACAUGGGGAGAAUGUGACCGCCGGAACACCACCGAAGCCAGCCGUCAAGCACUAUGCACCGGCCCUCAUUUGUGGACCAGUAAGCCUGGGACAGGUGGCCAAGUCAGUGGCGGUGUUGCCUUCCAUCAGUGCCCCUACCUUGCCAGUGCAGACCGGCAUCGGAGUGACCAUGACCAAAUCCACCACGGCUGCUCGAGAGUUCCAGAUGAAGGUGAUUGGAGAGCCAUCGACAGAUGACGAUGAAGCCGAGGAGGAAGAUACGAUAGGUUGGUGGAUCACCGAGAAUGCCGCCCAGGAUGAUGGCAUCCCCAGAGAGCUCAAGUCUGCUGUGCUGGUACAACAUAAAGAUAGCGGCGAAGCAUUUCAGGCAACUGUGCACGUCAAAGUUCGUACGCGCAUGGGUCUGUCGCUGUUCGGCUGGCCAUGGUCGAAGCGGACACCGCUCGUCAUCUCCAACAAGGAACGGUUUGGGAAAGCCGCAAUCACCACCACAUUCGAUGACCUGGAAGACAAGGACUGGCUUCAACUGACUGAAUUUCCAGGAUUGGUCCAGAGGAUCCGAAUCAGCGACAAAUCCAAAGAGAAGAUCUGCUAG